CAAUGUGUGACAUUGCGUAAUUCUAUAAAUAGACUACCCGCUUAUCAGAGGUUAUUUGGUGCAUGAUGUAAUUUAAUUAUGAGCACGGUUUUUUUUCGUUGGGCAUCACGCUGCAACAUGGGGGUGGUCGAUGUGCUGCACUCCUUGCGUAAUGCAUCAUGUGGUCAAUAUAUAGAUUUCUGUUCGCGAUCACCUCACCAAGAUCUCUUGUUGUUUCCUUUUGCAGCAAUUUUUGUAAACACCAAGAAAUUUACCAAAUACGCGUAUGAUGACAAUCAAUGUCACAUUGACAUAGCACACGAGGUUACACUAUGCGAACUGGCAGUUGGCUGUGCUUCAUGGCGAUAUCACUGGUUUACAUAAAGUGAAGAAAAGUUCAAGGAAAGUUUCGUGAGGCCCCUUUGAUGAUAUAUGGCCGUAUAGCAGUAACAUCGUCAAACUAUCACAAACACACCUAUGAUGUAACCACCAGAUCAUAAUCGAUCUAAAUCGUCCACACGAAAUGUAAUGGUAAAAAACAUUUGUGCAUAGCCCUGCAUUUUUUUUCGCCCCACUUUGUCGUAAUCAGAACUGUAACUUUUAUUGGGCUAAACAAGAUGAACCAGCUAGUAGACAGAUACAUUCACAGUUGAAGAUACCAGUUUCUCUUUUAUUGAAACUUCUCGAUGAGACUACCAAAAACUCGCUCAACCUGUUCACCAGACAGUGUCUCAGUCGGUUCACCCGACUUAUAACACUACAAAUAUUCCUAUUCAGAAACACAUCACACAAUUUUCACCAUACCCACAAGCACAUCAGCGUGCCAAAGUUAUCACAUUACCGUCAAAAGUAACAAGUACAUAACUAUUCCCCCACCCACCCACUGGACUCAACUACAGCAGAACUCAUUACUCACCCUUUAUGCCAAUUCUACUACUACUAUAAUCACAAAUGACAACAGUUGCUAUUGCCCAAGUUACUAUCCAUACUGUUGUUCCAAUAGCUAAAGCCCAACAACCUGACCCAAUCGUUGCACAUGUUAUAGGUAUCCAUGCAGCAGCAACAGUAGCACCCGCAAUUAUCAUUAUACCAGCCAAAAUACUAAGUGAAACAUACUUCCGAAAGCUUCGCUUCUCAAGAGCAUCUGCGCCUAUUGUACUAGCUUUAAUAAUAGUUUUAAUUAUAUAUGUCAACGAUGCAGCUAUGAUUGUUAAUAAAAUUACAAUGAUGAAAACUUUAGACUCGAAUAUUUGCACUUUGUUUAUUAUCAUUUUAUAGAUGAUUUAAAUAUUGAUAUCAUAACUUAAGAUCUAUGUCUAAGCGACAAACUUGCGACAAACUUGAGACAGUAGACAAAGAAGAACCAUUCCCCUUUUAUGCAGUAUUUUUGUUGUUGUUGUCGUUCAUACUAGUGCCACAAUAUAACUCAUACUAAUUUAUAGUAAUAGUUCUUACCACAUGGGACUUUCUUCAUACCACCUCCGAUAUCGAAAUGCAUGGUACUUUAGUGUAAACAAUUUGAUCGGCUGUGGUACGAACUUUUGUUUCUCCUUAUUAUGGAUUGUUUUAUCAGAGUAAUAUGAAAAAUAAGGGAAAAUACUGUAGUUUCCAUUUGCAGCAACUUAGCC